AUGAGAAAGUACCUUGUUUACGUUGCUUUACUAGUGCUUAGUGUCAUUAGCGGUUCAUUAUCACAGUCAAUAACUUCUAUUGUCCAGCUUUGUUACCAUAAGCAUAAGCUCGAGAAAAGUCUAUUUCAAAGAUCUGAGAAUGCGGUUAAGAAGUACGACUCCGUGAGACGUAGAAGUCUUUUCAAACCAUUGAAAUUGUCAACCAACACCUACAAUGACGAUAUUUUGGUAGUCGAGAAUGAGAAUGAGAAUGUACCCGAUAGAGAGAAUGCCACGUUACUGAUGUUAGUCCGAAAUUUUGAGUUACCAGGUGCUUUAAAGUCAAUGAGGUCUUUAGAAGACAGAUUCAACAAGGAUUAUCACUACGAUUGGGUUUUCUUAAAUGACGUGCCCUUUUCUAUGGAAUUUAUCGAGGCCACAACGGCAAUGGCUAGUGGUAAAACCUACUACAGUCUGAUACCAUCUAAAGACUGGGACCGUCCCGAUUGGAUUGAUGAGAAGAAAUUUGAGGAUCGACUGCAAUUGUUACACGACAAAGGUGUUCUCUAUGGCAGUUCAAAGUCGUAUCGAAACAUGUGCCGUUUUAACUCUGGGUUCUUCUACAAGCAAAAGAUCCUAGAGUCCUAUGACUAUUAUUUCCGAGUGGAGCCCGAUGUCGAGUAUUUCUGUGACUUCCCAUAUGAUCCUUUCAAAGUAAUGAAAAAGAAUAAUAAGAAAUAUGGCUUUGUAAUAAGUCUUCAUGAAUAUGAAGAUACCAUAACGAGUCUUUGGGAUGCUGUGGAUGAAUACAUUGAGGAAAAUUCCAGGGACAUUGAUAUGGAGAGAAAUUCCUAUGAUUUCAUUACCAACAGUGAUAUUAUCGGUAAGUUUUCACCCAUAGUCGAUUCUAACAGUGAUUACAACCUAUGUCAUUUCUGGUCAAAUUUUGAGAUUGGCGAUUUGAACUUCUUUAGAAGCGAACGAUACAACAGAUACUUUGACUUUUUAGACUCUAAAGGUGGUUUUUACUACGAGAGAUGGGGGGACGCACCGGUUCAUAGCAUAGGUGUUUCUUUGUUACUGAACAGAGAUGAAAUUAUACACUUUGAUGAGUUAGGCUACUACCAUGCACCUUUUGGUACAUGUCCUGGAGCCUAUUAUCUAAGAUUACAACAAAGAUGUCAAUGCGAUGCCCAUGCACAAAGUAAUAUCGACAUAUCGCCUAACAGCUGCCUAAUGAGAUGGUGGAAAUAUGGAGAUGGUAAACGAUUCGUAAAAUAUGAACAAUGA